AUGACAACCAUGUUCAAUUCGUUUACUAACAAUGAUAAUUUUUCAUCUUUAUCAUCAACAUCUGAUCAUGUAUUUUCAUAUUAUCGUGAAAAAGACGAUGCAUUAUAUUCAUCAAAAUAUCCACCACAAUCAACAACAAUACAAACAACGACAACAGACAAAAAUCUAAACAAUCAUAAUCAUGAUAAAUUAUCUUCACCUGUUAUUAUUGGUACACCAUUUUCUGCUCUUAUUAAUUCACUUAUUCCAUCACCUGAAUAUUUAUUAAAUGAUAAUGAUGAUCAAAUAAUAUAUGAUGAGUAUGGUUUUCGUAUUGAUAUUAAUGAAAAUGAACAACAAUAUGAAAUAGAACCUAUUAUUGAAAAUGAAACAAAUAAAUUAAAAUGGUUAACACAUCUUGAUUCAAAAUAUAAAAUUGAUGUUGUUCAUUUACCAAUACAAGAUCAAGAACUUGUACAUAAAAUUGAUUCAAAUCAAUUUCGACAAGAUUCAAAAAUUCCUAUAUUAUUAAAACAAUCAUUUGGCAUUCCAUUAUCAAUACGUGCUCAAAUAUGGAUGUGUCUUAGUGGAUCAUUACAUAAAAAAUAUCAAGCUAAAAUGUCUUAUACAGAUAUACUUAAACAAUCUAAUAAUGAUGCACAAUUAUAUUCAAAACAAAUUGAAAAAGAUCUUUUAAGAACAUUACCAACAAAUGCAUGUUUUAUGUCAAUAAAUGCAUCAGGAAUAUCAAGAUUAAGACGAGUUUUAAGAGCUAUUGCAUGGCUUUUUCCAGAUAUUGGAUAUUGUCAGGGUAUGGGUGUUAUAUGUGCAUCAAUAUUAUUACUAUUCGAAGAAGAAGAUGCUUUUUGGAUGAUGUGUUCAAUAGUUGAAGAUCUUCUACCAGGACAAUAUUAUUCUGUAUCAUUAUAUGGUGUACAAGUUGAUAUACGUGUAUUUCGUUAUUUAAUUGAACAACAUUUACCAAAUAUUCAUAAUUUAUUAAAUGAAUAUGAUAUUGAUUUAACAUUAACAUGUUUUCAAUGGUUUUUAACACUUUAUUCAAAUGUAUUUCAUGUUAAAUUUCUUUAUCAUUUAUGGGAUUAUUUUUUUCUUUAUGGUUCAAUAAUAUUAUUUCAAAUAGGUUUAAUUAUAUUUAAACAAUAUGAAAAAAAAUUAAUUGAAUUAACAAAUAGUACACAAAUAUUUAAUUUUUUAUGUGAAUUACCACAAUUAUUUGAAUAUGAAUAUGAUCAUAAUAAUGAAAUAUUUGAAGAAUUACCUAAAUUAUUUAAUUUAAAUUUAACAAUAAUUGAUUCAUAUAGAAAAAAAUAUUUAGCACAAUUAAUGUCACAAGAAGGUUUUACAAUAAAUCCUAAAAUGCCAUUACUUAAUUUACCAAAAGAUAUUUUACAACGACGUCAUAAUCAAAAAUUAAAAUUAACAACAUCAUCAAAUAAUUCUCAAGCACUUGUUGAACGUAAUAUAAUACAAACAGAAAUUCUUGUUAAUUUACGUGAAGCUAUACUUAAAAUAGCUAAACAUUUUAAAGAUAAUGAUCCUGAUGGUUAUAUUGAACAAAAUAUUAAUCUUGAUGUUGAUUAUUCAAUUGAAUCACAUGUUAAAGAUCAUGAACAUUAUGCUAAUAUAUCAUUACAAAAAUAUAGACGUGCUAAAGCUUUAUUAGAUUUUGAAAGUCAAGAUACAAAUGAAUUAAGUUUUAAACGUAAUGAUAUUUUAAAAAUUUUAUCUAUGACAGAUGAAGAUUGUUGGAUCGGAGAAUUAAAUGGUAAACAUGGAUGGUUUCCAGCGAAAUUUGUACAAUUAGUUGAUGAAAGAUCAAAAUUAUAUUCAUUAGCUGGUGAUGAUAGUGUUAAUGAAUAUAUAUCAGAUCUUGUUAGAGGAAAAUUAGCUACGUGUAUUAAAGCUAUAUUUGAACAUGGAUUAAGAAAAACACCAACUGUACUUGGUGGUAUAUGUCAUCCAUGGUUAUUUGUUGAAGAAGCCGCAUUACAUGCAAUAAAUAAAGAUUUUGAUAGUGUUUAUGCUCGUCUUAUACUUUGUAAAACAUAUCGUUUAGAUGAAGAUGGUCGAAUUCUAACACCUGAAGAACUUUUAUGUCGUUGUAUACGUUCAAUUAAUUAUACACAUAAUCUUGCUCAUGCACAAAUGGAUGUUAAAUUACGAUCAUUUAUAUGUGUUGGUCUUAAUGAACAAGUUCUUCAUUUAUGGUUAGAAACACUAUGUUCAUGUACAGAUAUUAUUAAAAAAUGGUAUUUACCUUGGUCAUUUUUACGAUCACCUUGUUGGGUUCAAAUAAAAUGUGAUCUUCGAGUUUUACAACAAUUUUCAUUUACAUUACAACAAAAUCUUGAAUUACCAAUAGCAUAUAGACAAUUAGAUGUUCUAUCGGAUGUACGAGAUAUGCUUAUAAAACAUCAUUUAUUCAGUUGGGAUCUUUAA